GAAACUACCCUCAAUAAAGAAUUUUCGUGCACUCAAACACUUUUUACCUUUCAUCGAAUGAUUGUAUAUUGCAACGUGGACCCAACAAAGAAAAUAAUAGUACGUGACCUCGAGCGGCGCGCAUCGUGUCCCCUUUUUCUUUGGGACGAAACCCGAUUCGCGAUUGCUCCUUAGAUGACUGGGUGGCUUCUGGGGAAACCAACCGAACAGAUUUCCCCCUCUCGAACCCUUCUUCUUCAAACCAACAACCAUCAUGUCUUCAAGAUUCCCCUCCUCAACGCUCCACCAGCGCGAUCCCCGCUCCGCGCUCUUCGAGAACUACAACGGUGGUGGAACGCCAACGCGGACCUCGAAUUCGUCGUCGUCGCCGUCGCCGUACGCGGGCGGGUACGGAUACCCAGCAUCAUCGGCGAGCAAUGGGUCAGUGAUCAAUGGGAACGGGAAAGCGGUGGGGUAUAGGCCCGCGACGCCGAAUAGUAGGGGCCAGUAUAGCGAUGCGGUGUUGAAUGAGUUGGAGAGCCAGAAUGAGGGGCAGGUGGAGGGGAUUAUGGGGAAGGUUAGGGCGUUGAAAGAUAUGACGAUAGCGAUCGGAGAUGAGAUCAGAGAUUCGUCGGCCAUGGCGGAGAAGAUGAAUGAGGGGUUUGAUAGUACGCGGGUGAGGUUGAGGGGCACGAUGAAUCGGAUGCUGGUUAUGGCGGAGCGGACGGGGGUUGGGUGGAAGGUGUGGUUGGGGUUCUUUGCUGCGGUGGGGUUUCUGUUCUUUUAUGUUUGGGUGUUUUGAGGGGAUUGAGUGAUGGAGAGAUGGAGAAAGAAGCAGUGUUAGAGGGAGGAUUGUACAUCGCGAAGACUUUUGGAACAACAGCUGCAUUGCAUGGCGUUUUCUGGAGGGCGAGGGUUGUAUUAUACGCAUUUUAUUGUUGGGUCACAGGUGGACUCUGUCAAUACAUUACAAUUCAUUGAGAUAUCGAGGUGGUCUGGGUAAUUAUAUUGGUCGGAUUUCUCUAGCUAGAGCUACCUAUUAUUGUGGAUAGUUCCCAGACGAACGCCAACCUCGACCUCGCAGACUCACUCUUUGUCGAGGGCUGCUGCUGCCUCCAAUCUGA